GGCAAGAGGAGCAACAGCAUGAACAGCAGCAACAGCAGCAGUGGGGAGGAAGAGUGAGCACGCCGGCUCACAGAGAGCGAGGGAGAGAGAGAGAGAGAGAGAGAGAGAGAGAGAGAGAGAGAGAGAGAGACGAAGACCCUAACCAGCAUCUGCAGCUGAGAGCUCAGAGCUCAUCCGAGGCGCUUGGACACAGGAGCUCCAUCUCCUACAUCCAUCCCUCCGUCUGUCCAUCAAUCCAUCCUUUCUUCCGGUCUCACCACACGGGAGGUGAGAGAGUGGAGGAGAGGAGAAAAGAGAGGAGAGGAGAAAAGAGAGGAGAGGGCAGCUGGACUUUUAGACCUCCUUCAACAACAAACUCAUGAGCUUCCUGCGUGGGUGUCAUAGCUGACCGCCCCACUGCACCCCACCUGACCCCACCUCUUGGCGGGGGUCACAAACCUCGAGGACUGAAGAGUGCAACUCGAUACUGUGAAAGCGGGGGCUAAAACUGGAAUGAACCGCACGAGCGGGUUACUUGGAGUGUUGUGACCGCGCUUGCUUGUGGACCUCGGAGGCUGAGGUCAUCGUCCAGGUGUUUGCUGCUGCGCUGACCGACUACUCCUUGUGCAGGCUGGAGGGAGGAACUAUGACUCUGGGAGCGCAGCCGAACGGCUGGGGGAGAGAGCUCACCGGCCGGAGGGGCAUCCAGGGUCCAGAGUGCGUGCGGAGAAUAGCUGCGGUUACAGACACGGAGAUCACCUUUACCAGACUUCAAGGAUAAUCUGCUAUUUCAUAAGGAUGGAGCUCAAAGAAGAUUCUUUAGUUUACUCAUAACCUAAGAUGACACAUUUUCAGUAGAACCAUGAAUCUGGAUGACUUGCAAAACUCCACCCUGUAUGGAAACACGUCAGAGGCCCAGACUGUUCCACCCAGCCUAUGGGAGGUCAUCACCAUCGCAACUGUAUCAGCAGUUGUGAGCCUCAUAACUGUUGUGGGCAACAUUCUAGUGCUGCUCUCCUUUAAGGUUAACAGCCAGCUGAAGACUGUGAACAAUUAUUAUCUACUGAGCUUAGCCUUUGCAGACCUAAUCAUUGGAGUAUUCUCAAUGAACCUGUACACUUCAUAUAUAUUAAUGGGUAGCUGGUACUUGGGGAAUUUAGCUUGUGACCUCUGGUUAGCUCUGGACUAUGUGGCCAGCAAUGCAUCCGUAAUGAAUCUGCUGGUCAUCAGCUUUGACAGGUACUUCUCCAUCACAAGGCCACUGACAUACAGGGCAAAGAGGACCCCAAAACGUGCUGGCAUCAUGAUCGGCAUGGCAUGGCUGGUGUCAUUCAUCUUGUGGGCUCCUCCAAUUCUUUGCUGGCAAUACUUUGUGGGCAACCGGACAGUUCCGCCAAACCAGUGCCACAUCCAGUUCUUCUCUGAACCGGUGAUCACCUUUGGCACAGCUAUAGCCGCUUUCUACAUCCCAGUGUCGGUGAUGACAAUUCUCUACUGCAGAAUAUACAAGGAGACAGAGAAACGCACCAAGGACCUGGCAGAGCUUCAAGGCCUAACGUCCACACGCAACCCUGACAUCUCCAGGCCCCCACGGACCAUGAUAAAAUCCUGCUUUGGCUUUGAUAACGACAGAGAAAGGACCCAGGCGUCAUGGUCCUCGUCGAACCAGAGCAACAUCACAAUGACCACGGUGUGCGCCUCCAGGGACACCUGGGCCAAGAACGAGCAGGUCACGUCCUUCAACAGCUACACGUCGUCCGAGGACGAGGAGAGGCCAGUCUCUGCGACGGCCUCGCAGGAGUCCUGCAAGAGCCAGGCACUGCCAGGGGUGAGUGAGAACGGGCAGCUGGCGGGAUACAGCGACGACUGUUACUUCAGCCUGUCCCCGAGACGUAGCUCCCAGAAAGGCAGCAAGAAGGGCAUCUCCUACAAGUUCAAGCCGCUCCCUAAGGAAGCGGGCCCUCAGCCAAGCAAGGUGGCCGACAACCAGACGCCCUUGCUCCCGUGCCCUUCCCAAAACCAGCUGCCACUCACCUCUUCCCCCUCUGCCACUGCCACCAAACCCAUGGACCCCAAUCUGAAGAGCCAGAUCACCAAAAGAAAGAGAAUGGUCCUCAUCAAGGAGAAGAAGGCAGCCCAGACCCUCAGUGCCAUCCUCUUGGCCUUCAUCCUCACCUGGACCCCGUAUAACAUUAUGGUCCUCAUCUCCACCUUCUGCUCUGAUUGCAUCCCUGUCUCCCUCUGGCACUUGGGGUACUGGCUCUGCUACGUCAACAGCACCAUCAACCCCAUGUGCUACGCCCUGUGCAACAAGACCUUUCAGAAGACGUUCAAAAUGCUGCUCUUGUGCAAAUGGAGGAAGAACAGAGGGAAGGAGAAAUUGUACUGGUGUGGGCAAAACCCUGUCAUGAACAGUAAGCUGACUUGAAAAUGAGGCAUAAUGGGUGUUGAACUGGGGAGUGUCUGAUAAGUUUACCUGACUUGAAGUUGAGUUGAAGAAUAUGGUGUACCUAUGUAUUUUGAUCCUGCAGUGUGUCAAUUACUCAUCCUCAGUCAAAUUAACCUCACAAAGGUAAAGAGCAUUGUCUGGUUACAGUGACAUUUCCAAAGUUUUCUGAGAGAUUAUACGCUUGUAAUUACACCAUCUUGAGUUGUAUCCAUUUGUAGCACAAAACUGAAUAUAGUUGAUGUUUCGAAGUCUUACAUAAUGCCUGUACAUAUAGUGUGGUACUUACUAUUAUACAUGAUUUAUAUGGUUAUUUUCAUGAAGAUAGAAGUUCAGGUUUUUCAUUCAUGUCGUUCAUUUGAAAAAUUGUUUGUUGGAUUAUCUUGUAUUUUAAGGGCUAUCUGACAUGUUUACACUAUAAUGAACUGUUCCAUAUCUGAGCAUUCUAAAAUCUUGGAAUUAUAAGAUUGUGUCUGACCUUUUCGACACAAAUGAAUUUAUAUUAUCAAUAUAUUAUUUGUAUGGCACUGAAUGUAAGACAUAUUAUUCCAAAUAUUGUUAAGAUGUCAGAUUUAAAUGAUUGUGAGCAUUAAGGCAGGUGAAAACAUCACGGGGCAAUACUUCAAAAUCACAAACCACUCAAAUGUAACAAUAUAAUUCCAAGUUAUUGAAAAGUGUAACAAGUGCAUCAGAAUGUUUGUAUCAGUUGGCAGUUCAUCAACACAUUAUUGCUCUUGUAUUUCUCCUACAAGUGUAGCUGUCUGGCAUGGAAGAUUUAAAUGUGCUCAUGUGUUUUAUCCAAUUUUGUUCAGAACUUCAUAUUGAUCACCUUACUAAGACCACAGACAUACUUCCAGAAGACUCCACUGAUAUGUGUAUUUAAUAUCACGUUUUACUGAACAUGGGCUUUAAAUUAAGGGCUCAAGCCUUACAGCCAAUGCAUUUUGAGUUUCUGUAUAAGUAGGUUGAAAAAUCUAAUAAACAAGUUAUUCUGUGCGUUGUUAAAAUUCAAACCCUGCUGCACUGUAUUGUGUAAAUAUAUGUAGUACUAGUUAAGUGUCAACAUGAGCAGUGAAAUAUAUACUUAUGACAAAAAAAACAAAAAACAUUUGCAUUUCAUUUUUAAUCUCCCUUACACACAGGGUGCAUCCACAAUAUUGGAAAUAAGAAGUCUAACUAAGGCUCACUAAUCAUUCCAUAUUUU